AUGUCGUCAGAUAUACUUGCAUCACUCAAAACCAAGAGAAAAAAUGAACUCAAAGAACUCGCAAUUGAAUAUGGCCUAAGUGUUAAGGGUCUUAGAAUCGAUAUAGAAAAUCGGAUAAGAGAAUAUUUAUUAGAACGACAAAAAGACAUUGAAGAAAAUUCGGAAGAGGAUGAGGAAGAUUCUUCAGAACCUCCCUCACCAGUCCGGUCUCCGCGUAAAAAAUCUAGAUCUCCUAAUAAAAGAUCGAGGUCUUCAAGCAAAAAACGUAACUUGAAUGGCGAUAGCAUGUCUCAACCUUUUAUAUUAAUUAGUCGUUCAGAAGGAUAUUCAUCAGAGCCAUUAGAUAACCCGAAGUUACCCGAGCAGGAAGUUCAAGAAGAGGAAGUUCCAGAAGAGGGUGAAUUACCCGCAAGCACGCCUUUUAAUGGUGGCUCUCACUCCAGUCGAAGUAUUGAAGACCCCAAUGUGAAUUCUUUCGCAAGAACACUCAGUUUUGAGGCAAUUAACGAUGGAGUGAUUGAACUUAGACGUUACGUGACAAAUACUCGAACAUUCGUGAUAGCGUCUAUAACAUUACAAAUUGCUGUUUUCUUAUACGUUUCAAUUGAAUGGACAAAGUUUGCCACUGUUCCCAUUGGACUUUUUUCGACUGAAACACGAGAAUACUCGAUCAAUCUUCUAGGUCCAGAUUUGACAAUCCUCGGGGAAUGGCAUCGAUUUUGGCGUCCAUUAUUGGUAUACUGGGGAUACCUUGUGUUAUUACCAUUAGUAUUUGCCUACGUAUUUAAUUUCGAGCCUCAUCGUCAUACUGCCAGUCCGCUCGCUUUUUCCGUAGCUCAGUAUUGUAUUCUAUUCAUAUCGGCUGGUAAUUUGGACUGGGCGGAGGAUGUUCGUGAUUUCAUUCCUGAAACUAUCAUAUACAGUGGUGCUGGGGCGUCUGUUAUAUUUGCAUUUUAUGAAGGAUUGUUGGCAAAUACGAGUGUACAGAUCUGA